UCAUCACUUGGCGUGACCGCCAUGUUGAUUGCUUCCUUUACUGCUUCUCGGAAUACUGCGCACUGUUAAUAGACAUAACCUCCUCAGUAGUGUCUUAAUUUGAUUAAUUUGGCGUUACUAUCUCAACCAUGGUAAACCGUUGCUGUAUUGUGGGGUGUAAAAGCGCAACACAUAAUCGCCAUGGGGAAAAGAUCGAAAAUGGAUUAACUUACCACCGCUUUCCUGCUUGGAGGCGCCACCAGGGAGACCAAGUAUCCGAGAUAACAAAGAGUCGUCGGCUCGCUUGGAUCGCGGCUGUAAGACGACCAAACAUAACCUUCCACAGUAUCCCGACGUCGAUGAGAGUGUGUUCCUUGCAUUUUCAUUCUGGAAAACCAGCAAAUGAAAUGUACAACUCUCAUCCGGAUUGGGCCCCAUCACUACACCUGGGCCACACUGAGAUGAAGGCCACAAAGACUGCACGCUACGAGAGACGGGAAACCAGAAAACGGCAAAGGACUGACAGCACACCUGCGAUGGAUGAGACAGUUAUUGAUGACCUUGUUCCACCAGUGGAGACACCAGCACCAGCAGAGGAUGGAGCUGACCAGACACUGUUGAUAGAAUGUGACCUCUGUCAGUGUCGGCGCGCUGAAAUCGACCGGCUGCUGGAAGAGAACUGCGCCCUGAAAUGUGAGCUCGGCCGGAGAAAAAUGGACGAACAUUUCCUGAAGGAUGACAACGUCAAAGUGAAGUACUACACUGGGCUUCCACACCUUGAGGUUGUCAUGGGUGUUCUGGCCUGCGUCGGGCCGCACAUGACACAGAGUAGUAAAGCACUGUCACCUUUUCAGAUGCUUUUUCUGACCCUCAUGCGCCUUAGACUGAACUUACCAAUACAACACAUUGCCCACCUCUUUUGUGUGGACAGAAAAACUGUUUCCAAAACGUUCAGCGACACCAUACAUGUUCUGCAUGCGCGCACCAGCCCUUUGAUUACCUGGCCGGGGAGAGACGCGUGGCGUGCUGCUAUGCCCCACGAGUUUGUGGAGGCCUUCGGGACGCGCGUUGCCCUUAUCCUGGACUGUUUCGAAAUAUUUAUACAGAGGCCGUCAAAUCUUAAAGCUCAAGCUCAGUCGUAUUCCCACUACAAACACAACAGAACUAUGAAGUACCUUGUUGGUAUCACACCACAGGGCUCAAUUUCUUUCAUUUCCAAGGGAUGGGGGGGACGCGUCAGUGACGAGCACGUAACUGAUAACUGUGGGAUUCUGGACAAACUGUUACCUGGGGAUUUGGUGUUGGCCGACCGCGGCUUUGACACGGAGGACAGUGUGGGGCUUAUGUGUGCCGAGGUAAAGAUCCCUGCUUUCACAAAAGGACGCUGUCAGCUGGAUGCAAGAGACGUGGAGAGCACAAGAAAAAUUGCCCACCUCCGAAUUCAUGUGGAAAGGGUGAUCGGAACCGUCCGCAACAAGUACACCAUUUUGUCAGAUAAAGUACCGAUUCACAUGGUGUUGCCAUGCAAGGAUGAAGACAUGACAUUCCUCGAUAAGAUUGUGUCUGUUUGUUGUGCUCUGACAAACAUGAGCCCUAUGUUAUGCUGAAAUAUAUUUUAAAUUUAAAUACAUUUUAAGUGCAUUAAA